CCGGUGCUGCUCGACACCCCCUCCCUCCGCCUCCAUUCACGCCCUUGCCGUUCGAGCCCCCCUGCUCUCUCCGUCGUCGACCGCCAGAGGGACCCCGGCCGCCGCUGCUGCCCUCCCUCCCCCCCUCUCUUCAGCUCGCCUGUCUCUCGCCCCUGUCGCCAACAGCUUUGCUUUUGUGCACCCCACUCGCACCUUGACUUGCUGCCUCUAUGGCCAAGUCAAAGAACAACCAGAAAUCAGCUCCGCUGACUUACGGACAUGCUACGUCGUCGGCCCGAUCUUCGCCCAACUUCAUCCAGCUGAACAGCCCUGCGCAUGCCCCGCAGGACAUGGCGCAUACCCCCCCGCCCAAUCCUGCCGGUGCCCCUCCCGCUGCUCCGUUUGAGGCGCCUGCUCAUCCAGCAUCUGCAUCCGGACCGCCCCUUCCCCGAGACCUGAACCUUGACCCGGCCGAGGUCAUCAUGUCCGACUUCAUCGAGAAGGCAUAUCGCAUGCGCCCGGAGGAGUUCCAGAGUGAGGAGUCCAAUUCUGAGCUUGCGAAUAGUGAAGCUCUGCGCAGCCACCAAUCCGAGCUCCCGCCGGUGACCUUUGGUAGUGAAGUGGAGCUGCUUCGCGAGGCCUAUUCCCAGCUGGCCCGGCACAUCGAUCUCACGCUCAACAAUUGCGCCGCGCAAUCGAUGGAUACCAGCAUCUUCUCCCGGUCCUUCGACGAAAUGCUGAGCACACUCAAUGAGAACCCCCCGAAUGUCUGGUGUCACACGUGCCAAAAGCACCACGGCUCCACAAGUGACAGUGAUGACGAGCACCGGUCGAAGCCGAAAGACCAACGCCGCUUCCUGUUCGACGAGCUCAAGCGCCAGAACGAAGACAAGGAGCGCUACUAUCAGCACAUUGUCCUGAAGGAGGAUAUGCAUCGGAAAAAGCUCCGGGCCGAGGCCGAUCGCCUGGCCAAGGAGAAGGCCGAUGCCGAGGCCCUCCGGCGUCGGGAGCGACAGGAGCAAGAGCGUCAAGCUCGGCAGGCGGCCCAGAAGGAGCGCAUCGACCAACAACGCAUUCGCAGUGAGGUGUUCUCCCUGAUCCCGACGCCGGGCCAGAUCGGCCGGAUUCUGGAGCUGAUCGAUGCCCACUCGCUGACAUUGACGGGCUUCGAGCUGAUGGAAGGCGGCGUCCGCAUGCCGGCCGGGACACUGGCCGGUCCCGGGAAGCAUGGGCACCGUGAAACCAUGCUGCACCUGGCCGCCCGGCACGCGAACUUGGAAAUGAUCGAUUUCCUUCUCCGAGCUGCCGGACCCGAGGGGGAUGCCGCCGACGGGGGGUCCAGCCAGGCGAGCACCGGCACCGGCAGCGCCACCGGGUCCAGCGGCACUGGCGAUUCAUCCGGCCCCUUCUCACACAUUCCGAUCACGGGCCGGCCGAAUGUCAGUGACGUGGACAUCAAUGGCCACCAGCCGCUGCAUACGGCCGCUGCGGCCGGUGCCAUGCGGGCGGUUGUGCACCUGGUGGACAACUUCGGGGCCUUGAUCGACGCGCGGACUGUGGACACCUCGGCCACCGCACUGCACCUGGCCGUCGGGGCCGGCCAUGCGGAUGUGGUGGAGGCGCUGUUGCAGCGUGGUGCCCGGCAUCUGCUGAAGGAUGGCCUCCGGCGGGAGCCGCUCACCAUCGCGCGCCAACACCUGGCCGCCCUGGACACCGGCAGCUCCUCCAAGAUUGAUCCGCCGGUGGCCGAUCGGGCCAGUCUCGAGCGUAUCAUCUUCUUGCUGGAGAACACCAACACCUCCGGGUCGGGUGGCACGCCGCAAAAUGAGGGCAGCCCCUCCCUGCGUGGAGGGACCCCGGCUCUCAAUGUGGCAGCCCCUUCGGCCAGUGGGCAAUCCGACGCCACCGCCGAUGAAGCCCUGUCGGAAGGGGGGGCUCUCGAGUCCAAGGCCGAUGCGGCGAGUGGCGCCCGGCGGCCGUCUCCAUCGGACGGGGCUCCGGCUGCGGCCACUGACAAGCCCUCCCCGGAGGCUGGCAUCUCCAGUGUGGUGCCGGUGUCAAAGACUUCGCCAUCCUUCGGGCCAGCUGGACCUGGAUUCCCGGAGAGCGCCGGAUUCGGUCGCAUUGGCGGUGGAUCUCCCUUCGGGGCCAUUGGUCGGCAGCGUGAUGCCGGGGUGGCCACCACCCUGGCCGGCUCCCAGGGCGGGACCCCGUCGACACACGACGAUGCCGGGCCCACUCACUUGGCCUUGCCGGCGAUGCUGGCCGGGACUGCCGGUGGUCCCUCCGAUCCGGUGGCCAUGGCAAGCCCGCCGCAGGUGGUCCCGGUGCCCAUCAUGUUCCAUCAGACCCCCUCUGGGCUGUUUAAGAACUCCGGCUACCUUCUGGUCAGCAAUCGGAAGGACUCCCUCCCCCCGAUGUUGCAGACGUCCUACUUCAAUCCGUUGAAGCGGCGUAACUUGGACCCCAGCGUCCCAUGCAUCUUGGUGAGCUCGCUGCCGGAGGGUGCCUUCAUGGCCUCCCUGUGCAAGUGGAACUUCCAGGCUGGGUCCAUGCUCCAUCGGGAGUUGGUGGCGGCGUGCUCGGGGGUCGAUUGGGCCGCGCGGGCUGAUGCCGCCACUGGCGGCGGGACCCAAUCGGCGGCCAGCGGUGCGGCCACCACCCCGCCACCAACGACGACCGUGACGCCGGCCGGUCGAGGGCAGCCCAUCACCGGUGGACCUUCGGCCAUGGCAGGCGCCACCGCCGGUAUCACGCCCGCUGGCAUCUCCUCUUCAGACUUCUCCCUCGGGUCGACCCCGGGGAAGCGCGACCGGCAGCAGCGGCUCCUUUCGGUGCUCAUUUUCAGACCCCUCGACUCGCCUUACAUUCAGGCGAUCGCCACGACUGAUUGGCAUCCGCUCAAUGAUGAGCUCCUCUCCUCGGAUGCCAAUGGCGUCCCUGGCGGCGCCGGAGCGGCCAGCAGCAUGCCCAGUGCCACCUCGACAUCUAUAUAUUCGUCGAGGCGCCCGCGGCGACAGACCUCGACGCCGACUCCGGCGCCGGCACCGGCACCGGCGCCAGCUGUCCGGCCGCGCACCUACCGGCUGCUUUGGAAUGUCGUUGUCGAUCUGCCAGUGGGGCCACUGAUCUCCAUUCGGAUUCCCACCAAUGGCUCAGCACCCAGCGAAGUGGACCCUGGCACCGAGGGAGGCUCCCCGCCCCCGGAGGACCGGGACUUCAAGUUGCUGCCCGAUUGCCUGACCAGCACCCUGAUCCCGGCGUCGGUGGUUGACUUGGUGUCGAAUCUGAUGAUCUCGCGGCUGCUGCUGCCCUCGCCGGCCGGGAUUUCCAGUCGGGAGUCUGACCCCCUGUCGCGGCUGUCCGGCAGCGGGCCGGCCUCCUUCAGCACUCCGAUCGACCGACUCAGCUGCUACUACCUCUCAGCGGCAUCGCUACAUCAAAGCAGCAUGGGGCGGUGAGCGGUGUGUGUGUGAGUGUGAGUGUGUGUCUGCAUGUCUGCAUGUGUGCAUGUAUGUGUGUGAGUGUGUGUGUGUGUGUGUGUGUCUGUGGAAACCAAGGGAUGUCGGGGAGGUGGGGCUGGGCUCGCGCAUGGCGCAGUGUUGUUUUGUGCGCCUCAAUGCUGUAUGAGCCUCUCCUCUCUUUCUCCUGCCUCCCGGCGUCUCCCCCGUGUCCUUGUAUACUGCCUCCUCUUUAGUCACUCUCACCCUCUCUCUCACACAUACACACACACACAUGCAUUCAUACAUACAUAUACCCACCAACACACGAGACGUGUGUAUAAAACAGUACAUGCACAUUUGGAUCUCAAAUAUACCACCACCACAGCCCACA